AUGCAGCAAGCAUCUGCAUUGGCAGGGGUUGAGGAGGCGGGGGUUGGUUUCUUGCGCCCUACAGUAGAAAUAAGUGGGAAGGACACCAGGACUGCAAGGAGGAGAUCGGGAGGGACCCAGAGUGUUCUGCGAUGGAUGAUCGUGACAUUAAUUGCAUUCGCAGUAACAUUUCUUAUAAUCUCCUGUGUCCGAGGCCCCAGACCUCGUGCGGUGCAGACGUACGCAUGGAGGCGGUUGGCUGGUAGCGAAGGAGAUGAAGAAGAUGAAAGCUUGUGUCUUGAAAAGCUAUUUUCAGGUGAUUCCCAUGUGGCGAGCCCUGCACAGAGUGAACAGGAGGUGCCGACAGAGGCAGGAGGAGACGGGCAACAGCAGCAGGAAGGACCAUUGGGAGGAGCCGUUAUGGGAGGGGGGCAGCAACAGCAGGGAGAGUUAAUGGAAGAAGCAGCAGUGGGAGAGCAAAACCCGCAACCGAGUGACUUAGUGGGAGGAGAAACAGUGGGGGACGGGCAGCAGCAGCAAGGUGAGUCUGUUGGAGUGGCACCAGUGGGCGAGGAACAGCAGCAGGAGGGAAUGUCAGUGGCAGGAAAAGCAAUGGGUGAGGGACAGCAGCAGCAGGGAGAAUCAAUGGGAAGAGUAGAAGGGAAGGAAACGCAGCAGCGGGGAGAUCUGGUGGGCGUGACAGCGUGUGCACAGAGCAGUCCGGAUGGAAAACAAGAGAGCAACGUGCCAACGUCUGCCGCAGAUGAAGUGAAAGGAGGAGCAGUGACCCCUAAAGGCCCGGAAGUUUCCGUAUCAUCUGCUACGGGAGUGCCUGUCCCAGGGCCUUCGGGUGGGAAGAAAAAAGCAAAGACCAAACAUUUGGAAUCUCCUCCUGUAGUGCAGCCUCCAGAUGAAGGGGAAGAGUAUGACGAUCCCCGAGUUCCCAGUGUUCCCACAGCUCUACUACUUCGCCAAAUGCCCAGCGAAGAUAGUGACACUGAUGAAGAACCAUCGCCAACUUAUAAGUGGCCCACGGGGUUGUUGUACAACAUCGAUCCCAGCAAGCUUACCGCUGGAAUGACGCAGCAAACUGGCGUAGCUGGGAUCAAGCCAGAGACGAAACCGAAGAGCGAUGGUGCGCGCCCGCCCGAAAAGAAGCCGGACCCCAGACAGCAGUCAAUCAAACUAAGAACGCUAUUAUCUAUUCUUGAGAAGUCUGUGCAGACUGCAGAUAAAGUUGCUUCGAAUGGUGAUGAGGAGAGUGUGGCAUCAGCCUCCUGGCUUGUGGGUGAAGUAGUGCAGGCACUUAGCGUACAAGUCGAAGUCGCACGAAAAGAAUCACAAAAUACGUCUACAGAGCCGGUAGUAGAGGACCUUUGUGUCAUGGCAGAAGCUGCAGUACUUGUAGCACGGGAUUGGGUUGCUAAUCAUGGUGGACUAGCGGGUGAGGUCCAGCCUGCGACGGGACCUGGUCAACGCGAAGGCGACAGGAGUCCAGUUGCUGUCCGGAUGAUGGUCUUGACCCUGGCCCAAGAUAGACUCAGAAGGCAGGCAGAUCUAAUCAACCGUGAAGCAUCCCAGAAAGCACGAGACGAACUCGAAAAAUUUGCAAAAAUGGCUGUGUCGUUAAUCUCAAGCACAGAAUCAAUGCUUGAAGACCUCAGGUCACAAAAGCAGCAUGCUGCUGCUGUUAUGGUCCGUGAACUACUGAAUUUAGUUAAAGAAGCUAAAACCCAAGCUGAGAGUUUGGUGUUAACUUAUGAUAGUUUCAGGGAGGUCUUUAAGCCACCUACCCCAGAAGAACUCGUCCGGAGUGCCUUAGAUGACUUCGCUGACGCAGAGGCGAGAAUUGAUGGGUUGCUAAAGCAGUUGGAAGCAGGCGCAGACCAUUACACACUGAGGGCUGCACAGGAACAAGUAAAUGACAGCAAAAAACUUCUCGCCGAAGUCCAAGAAGCAAUGCAGUAUAACGAUGUGGUCAUGGGAAGUCUUACUGAUCCUGCCUUCGCGUUGCAGGAGAAGAUUGAGCUACUGCAGACAGUGCUGGACAGUGCAAAAUCAUAA